GGGCGGCGAACGCGUGCGCGCGUGCGGCUUGGCGCUUCCGGCAGCGGCCGAGGUGCGGGUCGCGUCCAGAGGUGCGUGGUCGUGGCGCGAGGGAUACUGGGGCUGCUCCAGCAACGCGCCGCCGCCGUCUCCUGGGGCGGCUUGGGUUACCCUGGAGAUCCUGUGCCUUCAAACCCUACGAGUCCAUACUUUAAAACAAAAUGAAGAAAGUAAGGCUUAAGGAACUAGAGAGUCGCCUGCAACAAGUGGAUGGAUUUGAAAAGCCCAAGCUACUUCUAGAACAGUAUCCUACCAGGCCGCACAUUGCAGCAUGUAUGCUCUAUACAAUCCAUAACACUUAUGAUGACAUUGAAAAUAAAGUCGUUGCAGAUCUAGGAUGUGGUUGUGGAGUACUUAGCAUCGGAACUGCAAUGUUAGGAGCAGGGUUGUGUGUUGGAUUUGACAUAGAUGAAGAUGCAUUGGAAAUAUUUAAUAGGAAUGCAGAAGAGUUUGAGUUAACAAAUAUUGACAUGGUUCAAUGUGAUGUGUGCUUAUUAUCUAACAGAAUGUCCAAGUCGUUCGAUACAGUAAUUAUGAAUCCUCCCUUUGGGACCAAAAAUAAUAAAGGGACAGAUAUGGCUUUUCUCAAGACUGCUUUGGAAAUGGCAAGAACAGCAGUAUAUUCCUUACACAAAUCCUCAACUAGAGAACAUGUUCAAAAGAAAGCUGCAGAAUGGAAAAUCAAGAUAGAUAUUAUAGCAGAACUUCGAUAUGACCUGCCAGCAUCAUACAAGUUUCACAAAAAGAAAUCAGUGGACAUUGAAGUGGACCUAAUUCGGUUUUCCUUUUAAAAGCCCCCACAAACAAAAGUAGUUUAAAACCUAUUUAAAAUGAAUAAAAAAUUGGUUUACUAAA